CGAUUUUGCCAUUCUCAUCUCUUCCGGCCUAUCAACUAGGGCUGCCCUCUGUGCCAAUUUCCUCUCAGCCUGUUCGGCCUAUAUUGGACUUAUCAUUGGCCUGGCUAUCGGUGAGGUGCCCGAGGGGGCUCUAUACGUCUUUGCGGUAACCGCUGGCCUCUUCAUCUACAUCAGUGUAUCUGACAUGUUGCCAUCAAUGCGUCAGAGCAUCGAGAAAGUCGAAAAGCGUAAGGGCACCUCCUACAAAGUAUUUCUUCUGCAAAUGCUGGGCUUCUUUGUGGGCUUUGGCUGUGUGAUCGGUGUCACCAUCUCCAGUGACUACAUAAACUUAACGAACCUCAUUAUCCUCUUGGAUGUUAACUCGUGUUUUGAGUUUGCCUUCCUCGUCGUCCGUUUUGGAACGCUGUUUAACGUAUCUUCAUACUUGGGUGUGUAA